AAGAGAUUAUUGUGCUCUCAGACCAGUCCAGUAGGAGAAAGGACAUUGACCUUUUGGCAUCACACAUGGGCUUGGAAGCACUAAGCCAGACAUUUAUAUGGGCAGCCUGAGAAGAAAGAGUACAAGUUGCAAGGGCAGCAGCUGCAAAGGACAGGAGUGUCUGGAAUUUGGAAAAACAACAGGAAGAGAAAGUGAGUUCUGAGGAAGGAGAAGGUAUAGUGCCAAUCUUCUCUCUUCUUCAGGGUCCAUAGGAGAAGGAGACUGAAGAAUCCAUGGCUCCCUAUCAUAUCCGGAAAUAUCAAGACCAAGACAGGGAGACAGUGAUAGACAUAUUCACUAAGGGAAUACUGUAUCACGUUCCUGCUGUUUUCUUCCAUCUGCUGAAGCAGCCAAGAAGCUUCCUGCUCCUGUUUGGGGUCUCAGGUGCCAUGUUUCUUGGGUCUGGGUCUUGCAUCCUGUCUCUCCUGGCCUUCUUGGGUCUCCUGAUUAUCCUUUGGUGGAUUGCUAGAUAUCCCUACUCCGAUUAUGUGCACCAUACUUUGCACACUGACAUGAGGGACAUCAGGAAAAGCUAUCUCAGUGACAAAGGAUCCUGUUUCUGGGUGGCAGAGUUGGAGGGUCGGGUAGUGGGCAUUGUGUGUGCCCGCCCUGUAGAAGAGGCUUUAGGACAAAAACAACUGGAGUUGCUGCAUUUGUCAGUGGGACAGGAGCACCGGGGCCAGGGUAUUGCCAAAUCCCUUACCCAAACUGUCCUCCAGUUUGCACAGGAUCAAGGAUAUGAUAAUGUGCUCCUGAGUACCCAUGCCCUCAAUUACCCAGCUCACAGACUGUAUGAACGCGUGGGCUUUUGGAAAACCCAUGAAGCCUACGAUUCCCUGAAAUGGAAGAUAAUAGUUGUUCCUUUUUUCUUCUUUGAAUAUACAGUCCCAUCUUCACUCUAAAAGCUCCUUGAACCAUCUUUGUCUUUUGCCCUUUAUAGACUUCUUAGUUGGUCCAUGAUAAUACUCUGUAUACAAUGAACACCCAUUAAAGCUGUUAACUGCCACAA